GAGAAGAAGGGUCCAUAAAAUAGAAGCGUCCAGUAAAAACUCGAAACUCCCUUCUGCGCUACGCGAGUAUUUCUUCUCUUUCUCUAGGUCUCUUGUUUUUUGCGUCGGAGGCGGGGCAUUGCUCGGGUGCGGUGGAGAUGGAUCCGGACCAGUUGGCCAAAGCAUUCGUGGAGCACUACUACUCGACGUUCGAUGCGAACCGUGCGGGGCUGGUGAGCCUCUACCAGGACGAGUCGAUGCUGACCUUCGAGGGCCAGAAGACCCAAGGCUCCCAGAACAUCGUCGCCAAGCUCACUAGCCUCCCCUUCCAGCAGUGCCAGCACGGCAUCACUACCGUCGAUUGCCAGCCCUCUGGCCCCGCCGGUGGCAUGCUCGUCUUCGUCAGCGGCAACCUCCAGCUUGCCGGCGAACAGCACGCCCUCAAGUUCAGCCAGAUGUUCCAUUUGAUGCCAACACCUCAAGGAAGCUUUUAUGUGUUGAAUGACAUAUUCCGUUUGAACUAUGCAUGAAGACAUGAUUGACCAAACUUCAACAAAUGGCGUAAAUGUAACCAGCACAUACUCUGGAUUAGAGCCUGUUUACAUGUCAGUUCUAGACAUAUCAAAUGGAAAGUGGGUCCUCGAUCUUUGGAUAGUUAUUAUGUUCCAUUUAGCUUUUUUGUCCCAAAUUUGUGAGAUUGUUGGUUGUGAUUGUUCAAGUGGAAGAUACUUCUUUUUAUUUUUACACAACUGUUUGAAUGAAUUUUGCAUUUGAGAUUUUGAACA